GACUUAAGACAAAUUGUACUCUCUUUAGGGAGCCCGCUUAGCUGUAAUCUAGCGUACCUUGUCACAUACCUCAAUAUCAGUCCUCUUUCACUCUCCUCCAUAACCUCUUAUCUCUCUCUCUCUCUCUCUCUCUCACACACACACACACAACAGAUUGUUGUUCAGCAGAAGACCGAUGUUCCUGUGAACCGGUUAAGCAACAUCUUCAACAUUGGAGUCAUGAUAUUGCCAGUUAUCGCUGCUCUGAGCAGCGGCGUCGUCAUGAAGAAGAUGGAGGUGACGCAGGUUUUCUCUCCGCAUUUCAAAGACCUGUGGGAAGAAUGGGAGCUCCGCGGUGUCGUCUUCGUCAGCCUCACCCUCCAAAUCCUGCUCAUUUGUAUGGGCAAUCGCCGCAAAUUCACUCACUUUGCCUUGUUCAGGGGGGUCGUUUGGCUGGCCUACCUAACGGCCGAUGCGGUCGCAAUCUACGCGCUCGGCAUAAUCACGAACAAGGUCACGAAGUUGAACAGCCAAAGCGUGGACACGGAGACCCAGCUGAACGCCUUCUGGGCGCCAUUCCUCUUGUUACAUUUAGGAGGCCCCGACACCAUAACUGCAUAUGCCCUAGAAGACAAUGAGCUCUGGUUGCGGCACUUGUUGUCACUACUCACCCAAACUGGAGUUACAAUUUAUAUCUUCCUGAUGGCGUGGACCGAGCUGAAUAUGUCCACCCUCUCUGCCGUGAUGAUUUUUGCCGGAUUCGUCAAGUAUGGCGAAAGGGUUUAUGUUCUCUGGACCGCCAGCAGUGAGCAGUUCAGGGACUCCAUCCCUGACCCGCCUCCUAAUUAUUCCAAGAUAUUGGAGCAACAAAAGUUGAUGGAGGCCGAGGGCUACGAUGUCAUACCGCACGAAGUGAUCGAGGUCCGUGAUGUGAUUGUGGAAUACAAAGUGGAUGGUGCUGAGGGAACCCUUGAUCCGCAGCAAGGAGAAUUGCUUGCAGCCGGAGGCUUGGUCAACAUAUUCCAACGCCUUUUCGCGGAUCUCCUGCUGAGGGAAGAGGAUCGCGACACAAGUCGGUCGGUGCUCAAGGAUAUGAAUUUCCUUGCAGCCUUCAAUAUCAUCGAGAUUGAAUUGGGAAUCAUGUACGAUUUGCUCUACACGAAGGCCAAGGCAAUCCAUACUAGUUGGGGCUUCGCUCGUCGCAUAACUGGAUUUUUUCUUAUCUGCAUCGUAUUGGUACUCUUCAUCCUGAUCAAGGAUCAGCAUUACUCAGUAGCUGAUCUUUAUUUGACCUUUAUACUGCUAGCGGUGGCCAUAUUCCUGGAGAUUUAUGCUUUGGUUGUUCUUCUUUUCUCCGACAAGACGGCUCGUUGGUUGAUUAAGGAAAAGAAAUUUGCGGUCUUGAAUUUCAUCAAUCGGGUGCAACCGCUUACUAAACGGCGCCGAUGGUCGCGUCAGAUGGCUCAAUUCAGCCUAUUGAGCUUUGCGAUCAAAGAGAAGCACCUUCCUUGCCAUCAAAUCCUCGAAUUUCUCCACAUUGAUGAGAAGGUCGAGAAGCUCCGUUACAAGUAUCACGAGAAAGUGACCGAAAAUCUGAAAAAGCUAAUAAUCUCACAUUUCAAGGAAAUGCAAUCCCCACAGACCACCAGAGGAAGAGGAGUGCUCGAAAAGUUCAGAAAGUGGGAUGAUUUCAAUUGGAGCAUUAAGUUGGAGUUCGACCAAAGCAUCCUCAUUUGGCAUAUUGCGACCGAAUUGUUGUGCCACCCGAGAGCAGGAGACAGUUUGAGAGACGGCCAAUCCCAUAACAAUGGGAACAUCGAAUCCAUAUCCCAGACCAGUAAGUGCUUGUCUCGAUACAUGUUGUACAUCCUUGUCAUGUACCCCGUGAUGCUGCCAACUGGGAUCGGACGCAUCAAGUUUCGGGAAACCUAUGUUGAGGCCAUGAAAUUCUUCGACGAGUUCCACAAGACGAACAAGCCCAAAGCGCUAGAACGCGAGGACACAGACCACAAUGCACCCACUUCCCCCAGCGACGGAGACAUUGCAUUCUGCACGAAUGCUUGGCAACAGAUCAAGAACUUGGUGAAGCGCAAAUUCGACUUAACUAAUGCCUACAACGAGCUGAGGGAUCAGGUGAAGACGAAUCUGAAUUUGACGGUCUCAAAGGGAGACCGGAGCAAGUACGUGCUGUUCCACGGGUGUCGGCUCGCGUCACAGCUGGACAAGAUCGAGGAUCAAGAGAAGAAGUGGGAUAUGAUAAGCCGGGUGUGGGUUGAGAUGUUGUGUUAUGCAGCGAGUAAUUGUAAAGCGAGUUAUCAUGCGCAGCAACUGAGGAGAGGAGGAGAGCUUCUGACUCAUGUCUGGCUCAUGAUGGCUCAUUUUGGCUUGACUGAUCACUUCCAGAUUUCACCUGCCCCCGCUAUAGCUGAGCUGAUUAGGCAGUAGCACAACA